GCCACCGCCGUCUACAAGGACCCGAGGCGGCCUAUCGGAGCCCGAAUCCGCGACCUGAUGGGGAGGAUGACCCUCGCCGAGAAGGUCGGGCAGAUGACGCAGAUCGACCGCGUCGUGGCUACUCACGAUGUGAUGAAGAAGUACUUCAUCGGGAGUGUGCUGAGUAUAGACGACACCGUCCCCGGCAUCCGCCGCAACGACCCGAUGAAAGUGAACAACGCGUCGGCGGCGAGAUGGGUGACGACGGUGAACAAGAUCCAGGAGGCGGCUCUCUCGACCCGCCUCGGGAUCCCGAUGCUGUUCGGGGUCGACGCUGUCCAUGGUCACAGCUACAUGUACAGGUCGACCAUCUUCCCCCACAACAUCGGCCUUGGAGCUACGAGGGACGUGGAUCUCAUCAAGAGAAUCGGCGCAGCAACGGCAGCUGAAUGCACGGCCACCGGAGUGAGAUACGUCUUCUCGCCGACCAUAGCUGUUUGCCGAGACCCGCGAUGGGGGAGAUGCUACGAGAGCUUCAGCGAGGAUCCGGAGCUUGUCAAGAACAUGACGGCGAUCAUCUCAGGGUUGCAAGGUCAAGUCGUCCCUUCCAACUCCAGAAAGGGCGUUCCCUUCUUUGCCAAUGACAAAACAAAGGUGGCUGCCUGUGCCAAACACUACGUGGGAGACGGCGGCACGAACAAGGGAAUCAACGAGAACGACACCGUCCUUCCAUGGAGCGAGCUGGUGAGGAUCCACAUGCUGCCCUACGUCGGUGCGAUCGAGAAAGGCGUCGCGACGGUGAUGGUCUCCUACUCGAGCGUGAACGGGACGAAGAUGCACGCGAAUCGCGAUCUCAUCACCGGCUACCUCAAAAACAAACUCAAGUUCAGGGGGUUCGUGAUCUCGGAUAUGAUGGGGAUCGACAAGAUUACCACGCCUAUAGGGGACAACUACACCUACUCGAUUGAGGCAGGGAUCGGCGCCGGAAUCGACAUGGUCAUGGUUCCGUACAACACGACCAGCUUCGUCAACGGCCUCACUCGACUUGUGAACGAGGGAUUCAUCCCUAUGUCAAGGGUCGACGACGCCGUCUCGAGAAUCCUGCGAGUGAAAUUCGCGAUGGGGUUGUUCGAGGCUCCACUCGCAGAUUCGACCUCGAGGAACAAAGUUGGCAACAAUGAGCAUCGCCGGUUGGCGAGGGAGGCCGUGAGGAAGUCCCUCGUCCUGCUGAAGAACGGCCACGAUUCAUCCCCGGUGCUUCCACUACCCAAAAAAGCACCGUUGAUUCUCGUCGCCGGCAGCCACGCCAACAAUCUGGGCUUCCAGUGCGGCGGCUGGUCAAUGAGAUGGCAAGGCUUCAAUGGAAGUAAUGUAACAUCGGGAACCACGAUUCUCGAGGCGGUGAGGAGAACGGUGGAUCCCACCACCCAAGUCGUGUUCAGCCAGCAACCGGACCAAGAGCUUGCGACACUCAACAACUUCUCCCACGCGAUCGUGGUGGUCGGCGAGCCGCCUUACGCCGAGUCCAAAGGCCAGAGCUCGAACCUCACGCUACCCGCCGACGGGCUGGCCGCGAUCGAGAGUGUGUGCGGGAGGAAGCGGCGGUCGAAGUGCGUCGUGGUGCUGGUCACCGGUCGGCCCGUGGCGAUCGAACCGGAGCUGCUGGCCAGGAUCGACGCCCUUGUGGCUGCGUGGCUGCCGGGGACCGAGGGCCGGGGUGUCACCGACGUCCUGUUCGGCGAUCACGGCUUCACCGGGAAGCUGCCGCGGACCUGGUUCAGGUCCGUCGAUCAGCUGCCGAUGAACGUGGGAGACGAGGUGUACGACCCUCUCUUCCCUUUCGGAUUCGGCCUCGCCACUUAGCCCACGACUACGGACUACCUAGCCUAGCUAGGACUAGGAUGUUUGUUUAAAUUUGUGUUCUAAUAUGUGACAUGUGACAUGUGAUGUGUAACAACUGCUGCUCCACUAUGUGUGUAACAACUUUCUGAAUUAAUCGUAUUAUCCAUGUA